AUGCAACAAUUAUUGAAUGAUACUGCUUCGUGGAAUAUAGUCGAUCCGCCGCUUCCAGUACCUUUAUUUUAUAAUUCAAAUGUAUAUGAUACUUUAUCAUAUGGCAUCAAUAAACUAAUAGAUUUAAAUAAUCCAAUUACACCGAUAUAUAUUGACCAUUUUUCAUCAUUACCAACAACAACAGUAUCAAUUGAAACAAAUAAACUUAAUUAUUGGGCAUUUGCACUGAUAUUUUUUCCUAUAUUUACAAUUUUUGGCAAUGUACUUGUUGUUGUUAGUGUCUAUCGUGAAAAAUCUUUACAUACAAUAACAAAUUAUUUCGUUGUAUCACUUGCAAUAUCUGAUAUAACUGUUGCUGCUGUUGUUAUGCCAUUUGCUAUUUAUCUAGAGUUUAAUCGAGUAUGGGAACUAUCUGAACGUUUAUGUGAUUUUUGGGUGGCCUCUGAUUGUAUGGCUUGUACAGCAUCAAUAUUAAAUUUAGUUGCCAUUGCAGUUGAUCGUUAUAUUGCCGUAACAAAACCACUCAAAUAUGCUCGACAUAAAAAUUCAAAACGCGUUGCCAUUAUGAUUGUUAUCGUAUGGCUUGUUUCAUUUUUUAUUGCUUUACCUAUUGUCAGUGGUGUAAAUAAAUCAGAUGUUGCGGCUUAUCCACGUGUUCCCCAUCAAUGCGCCUUCUUCAAUAAUAAAUUUCUUAUUUUUUCUUCGCUUGGUUCAUUUUUCAUUCCAUGUAUUAUUAUAUUUGCUAUUUACUAUCGAAUAUUUAUGGUUAUUAUGGCACGUGCAAGAAAAAAUCGUAAACAAUGGAGACCUAAAACUGCUAUUGAAUCAGCUGCAGCACAGCAUCGUUCAAAUGCAGAUCAUUUAUUGACAUCAUUGUUACAGAAUAUACCUAGUACAAAUCAUGCAGCAAUUCUGAACGAUAAAAAUGUCAAUGCGACAUCUUCAAUAUCAAAUAAACCUCAGACAAUAACAAAUCCAUCAGUGCCUUUAUCGAAUACGAAUAAUAAUAAUAAUAAUAACAUUGAAUGUAAUACUUUAAUGAUGCAAUUAUCUGCAUCCACAUUAACACCACACGUGCAUCCAUCGAUAAAUGUUAUAUCAUCAUCUGGUGAUCCAGUAGAUGAUGACGAACGUGAUGAUAUUGCCUUAUUUAUUCAUGAUGAACAAAAGAGAAAUAAUAAUAAUAAUAAUACUAGUAAUCAUUGUUACCAAGAACAUGAAAAUCCUAUUGAAAUUUUACCGUCAAUACCGAUGGUAUCCAAUAUAAAAUCGAAUAACUCGGCGCCUUUCAAAACAACGACACGUAUUUCACAGACUGCAACGCAUCAUGAUGAUUAUCAUUAUCCAGCCAACAAUUUUAAAACACGUUUAAAAACGAACCCCGAUGCUCAUACUACAACAAUAACAACGAAUACCACACAACCAACUAAUCAUAAAAAUGUAAAACGAAAAGCUUAUUCUCGUAUGAAAAAGGAACGUAAAGCAACACAAACACUUAUAAUCGUGCUAAUUUGCUUCCUAGUAUGUUGGUUACCAUUCUUUGUGCUCAACAACUUGGUAAACGCUAUUGUUAAACUAUCGAAGAAAUCGGAAACUUUAUUAAUCCAAGAUUUUACUUUAUCCUUAUGUGUAUGGUUAGGAUAUGUUAAUUCAUUUUUAAAUCCGAUUAUUUAUACAAUAUUUAAUCUUGAAUUUCGCAAAGCAUUUGCAAAAAUUCUAUUUUCUCCAUGUAGAUUAUCUACUAACUCAUCUUCUUAA